GGUCUCAGGGAUAAUGGGGUCAAUUGAGAGCUGACGUUAUUCAGGUCACUUGGGAGGAGUCUUUGUGAGGAAAUGCAAAUGUUCAAGUCCUGAAAGAGGACCAAGAAGUUGUGCUGAAAGAGGACGGCCUCUCUCCAGUUCUCUGCCUCACAGGGUUGAUUAACAAUCUGUUCAAUUCUGCGCUCAGGAUGCAUCUUUAUGGAGCUCUGGUCCUGUUCAUGACUCUGUCUGCUGCCUGUGGAUUGAGAUGCUACACAUGCACAGCCACUGAGCCUAAAUCCUGCACAGACACCAAAUCUUGUGCUGUCAUCUUCAACCGUUGUUACUCUCUCAAAGUAGAAGGUUACAACGUGAUUUCCAAGGGUUGCCAAACCAGCGUGGCGUGCGUCGGUGCCAUGGAUUGCUGUGAGGGGGACUUGUGUAACAGUGCCAUACCCACUGGUUCCAGUGUCAUCCUCCUGCUGGUGUCCUCAGCCAUCAUCACUCUGUUUCUCUGAGGCUCUGGGACAGCUACAGCUGAAAAUAUUUUACUUUCUUUCUCUUACCAAAUUUGUAUAAGUCAGGAAGGAUAAACAAUUUUUCAAUAUGUAAAAGCUGUCAAUGAAUACAGAUCAAUGUUUGUUCAAUAAACCACAAUAUGAGCGACCA